AUGCGCGAAGUACUACGAUCCAAGAUUCACCGAGCCUGGGUGACCGAGGCCAACCCGGACUACGUCGGCAGCAUCGUUAUCGACGAGGCGCUGAUGGAAAAGACAGACUUGUGGGAAUUUGAGAAGGUCCUGGUCUGCGACGUCACCAAUGGCAACCGGUUUGAGACCUACGUCCUUCCUGGCGGGCGCGGCCGGGGCGACAUCGCGGUGCAGGGCGCUGCUGCCCGCCUGACCGCCGAGGGCAACUGCCUGAUCAUCAUGUCGUUCGAGGUCACCGAGACUCCCAUCGACCCUAAGAUGAUCCUAGUCGACGAGAAUAACGAUUUCGUCGAAUACCUGGAGGGCAUCAAACAUGUCGAGCCGGUUCACUGA